AUGCGAGGAGACGACGCCAUGUCGGAGUGGUUCCCACGGGGAACGCAGGUGGGCCAUGACGAGCCGCUCCUCCAACAGGCAGAUGUGUGGAACGCCGCUGGCACGGAUGCUGCGGCCUUCCAGGGCUCCUCAUCCUACCUCACCCCUACCAUCCAACAACUGCCGUCGCAGGUUUACUUUGCUGUGCCCGCCAGCACCGGCGUCGAGGCAUAUCCCUUUUACCAGGGCUCCACCCCAGUCGCCGACAGAAAUGAGGCAGCCGCGGCGCCGGUCGCGGGCGGCUAUUGUCCGGACACCUGGCUGGGCAUGAACAGCGGCCCCAUGUACACAGCAUCUAGCACGGCCGAGUACGAGAGCGUGGCCUCGAUGCCGCCCACCAUGUCGAGCGCGAAAAACAACAAUAUAAUGCAGCCCCCUUGGGGCUCCCGGUGGGACCCUACGGCAGGGCUUGUCGGCGUCGAAAACGCCGUGCCCGUGUCGUCGAUGGCAUCGCCUACCGCGACCAGCCAAGGUGCUGGCGCCGACAGCGGUCCGACGAACACAGCGACUACCAGCGCAGCUCGGAAGUGCAAGCGUGCCGUCAGAGCUCGUGGUGGAACAUCGGCCUCCUCGCCCUCUGCCUCGGCCGUCAGCCCAGCUCCACCCGCGAGGGCACACGGGUUCCCGGCCGAUCAGGCGUCCUCACAGGGCGGCCCACGCAGCAGCUCCAUCACGCCCAGGCCGAGCGUCGUCCACCACAGCCCAAGCCUCAACCGCGCUCCCGACUCGGCCAGCCCGACCCUGUACCACCAAGCCUCGCCGCCAUGUCCGCCUCCUGCGACAUACUGCCUCGCCGCCGCCGCCGCCGGACAGCCGCCGCACGAGGCCAUACCAGCGUCGUCAUUAGCCGCCACGCCCAGCAUCGAGCUCGAGCUCCCGACCGGGACGGAGCUCAAGAAGCAGGACCUGCGGCGGCGGAACCGCAAGGUCGCGACAAGGUGCCGCGCAAAGUCAAAGGACGAGGAGACGUGCCUGCGCGACAACGCCUGGGAGGAUCUCCGGAGCGUGGGGCCGCCGAGCGAGGACGAGGACGAGGAUGAGGAGGACGGCGGUGGCGGUGGCGGCGAGGUCGUCAAGCAGGCCUCGCUAUAA